AUGAGAUGCACCCUUGUGGCCAUUGGCCAGACAGACUUUGCGCAGGCGCUCCUGAUAUGGAGAGAAACAUUCGCCAAUGACGCCAAUGGACAGACCCUGACAUUCAUACUGGAACGCAAAUCCGAUUUGGCCUUAUUUCUGAUCGGCCUAAUAGAGCCAGCAAACUCUAUGCUACAGCACUUUCGAUGGAUGGCAGCCCGAACGGCGAAAACUCACACGGGAGAUACAACCCCUACAACGACUAAAUCGCUCUCUCACAUCUUCUUAAUGGGCAAGCAAAACAGGUCUCUCGACCAGCUCCCCAUAAACACAACUCUAAGAAGCGACUUUGGCAACAAUGGAACCGUUAUACUUCCACCAGCACUCACGAUCAGAGCUCCCGAAAACACCCCCAACCACGGCGAGCAAUGGCUUUUUGUUAAUGGGAUUGGUGGAGAAUACUUCUGGCUUCGAUUGUACUGCGAAAAGUUGCGAGACAUAUUCAACAGAGAUAUCCGGGGCGUCUUCAACAGGAGCGAUGGUAUCCUUUGGGACUUGAUCGAGUGUGCAGGAGAGAGAGCCAUCGGUGGAGGGCAGAACACUCUCAUUGAAAGGACACCGAGCAGCAUGGCUGCCCAGGGGGCUCUGAGCCGUGAAUUGUCAGCUGCGCUUCAAAAUGAGGGGUCUAAUGGCUAUAUCGUGAUGAUUGCCUACUCCCAGGGAUGUCUCUUGUUGAGGCUUGUUUUGCAAAAAAUUUUAAGGAACAAAAUACAUGGAGAUGCAAUGAGGGCUCGACUAAGGGUCUUCACGUUCGGGAAUCCGAGCAUCGACUGGAUGGGUACGGAUGCCCUCGGAAACAGGGUCCCUCUCUGCGAACACGUCAACUGCACCGAGCAUUUUGCAAAUGAGAGGGAUUUCGUGGCACAGCUUGGAGUGCUGAGGAUGGAUCAGGAGGACGACCUACGAGAUCUCGGCUACCUACACGAAGAAUCGUCGCUCUUCAUCAACCGCGGCGAAGACUGGAUAGGUCACCUGUUCGGGACCCAAUACAGCCUCAGAUCACAAGACUAUGUGGAUGGAGACAGGUCGAGAUUGUUCGCAUGUGCUGGCGGCACAGUAAUGGCUGUAUGA